CCUAUAGGGUGAGCUAUGGGGUCCCUAUGGGGUCCCUAUGGGGUGAGCUAUGGGGUCGGGGUCCACUUGUGGGUCUGCCCCAUAGCGACGGUGUCGGCCUCGGUGCGGAUGAGUGCCCAGGUUGUCAAUAGGAACUUCAGCCCCGAACUGGAAAACCCCAAAUCCCCCCAAUACAUCCAGUUCAGCAUCGACUUCCAGGACAAGAUGAAGGAGCUCUAUAGGAACGUGUCGGGCUAUGAGGGAGUGGAGAUCCUUUCCUUGAGAGAGGGCAGCGUGGUGGUGACGUACGACGUCCUCCUGCGUGUCGAGGCUGGGAACAGCGCCCCCAGCGCCUUGGAGGACCGACUGGAGGACCUCCGGAAAGCCACCGCCACCAACUGCAGCGGGGUCACGUCUGAGCUGUGCUUCAAUGGCUCCUACACCACGGUCAGCAACUACAGCAUCCAGCCCCUGGAUCCGGCGUUGUGCAACGCGCUGGUGCCGCCGUCUCUGAUUGGCUGGUACAGCCCAAUCCCCGCCCCUUCCGGCGUGCUGUGCGUCAGCCGUUGCCACCCGCAGUCGGAGCGGCCUUUCCCCUGCACGCACGGCGCAUGCGCGGUCAGCAGCGACGGGCCGCACUGCGACUGCUCGGACCGCUCGUCCUAUUGGUACCUGGACUCGUCGUGCAGUUCCCGUGUGAACAAAUGGGGGUUGGCUCUCGGGCUCCCCCUGGCGGCCAUUUGCGUCAUUGCAACCGGCUGCGGGGCGGCGCUCGUCAAGGCCCGGAGGCAGAGAAGGGCUGACAGGUAA